AUGGCGGCGAAUUGGAGAGCAAAACGAUGCGAGCGAGUGAAAACGAGCACGGCUGCCGAAAAUCAAUGGAGAAAAACGAGUGCGCCAUCGUUUUCCUCUCGCUUCUUCCUUAGUGUUGUUGUUUCGCGGCGUCGCGAAUGUGACGGCGAGAGCGAUUGCAAAAGAAAGGAGCAAAAAAAGAAGUGUGCCGCAGGCUGUUUUGGCGCUUUAAUCAAUUCGCCGCGCUCUUUCUCUCUGAAAUUCUCCUUCUAUUUCGACGACAUCUCACGUCGUCGUCUUCUAGACUCGAGCUAG